AUGGGGGACGACAGUUCACAGGAUAACACGGGAUCUCCACCAGCAACUGGAGCAGCAGCACCCGCUGUGGCCCAGGCAGCUGGAAAUGCACAACAACAACAGCCAGCUAGUGCAAUCAGAAACAAAGUGGAUGUUCCGCCUGGAUUCGGAAGACGUGUGAGUUCAGUGGAAGUGGUGAAAAACGCGAUGCCACCAACCAAAAAGGCAUCUGUCGUGAUAUUCGAGACUCCUGAUACUCCGAAAGCUGAGAGAAGAGCGUCGUCGUGGUGGCGCAAUCUAGUGAUGGACGACGACAAAACCGCGGCAGCGCAGCAGCCGGAAAUAGUUUUGACUCCGGAUAAUGCUGGCAAUGGACUUGAAGAUCGUCAUCGCAACAUCUCAACUGCAAGUGUAGGAGACAGUGAGUUUUGUUUAAAUGCAAAAGAAAAAUCGAACUUAGUUCAUUGA